GACUCGGGCCGGGGAGUACGGAACUCUGGCAGCCGGGGCGACGCGCGUCGAGCCCCGCGCACAGGUGUGUGCCGCAAGCUAGGAGGGGCGACCGCACCCACGCCCCGAGACCGACCGAGCAGCCCGGCCCUUCCCGAGGAGAGCACGCGACGCUCCAGGCCGCCAGUUAAAGCGCAGAGGGCGAGGACGGCCACCGUCUUCUCUGUGCGCCCGGCUCCUGCUCUCCAAGGCCCCCUGCCCAGGUACGGAGCUGUCCCUGGAAAAGAGAGUCUUCCCACUCCUGUCCGUGGAUAAAGAGGAAGCAUGUGGCCCGUCCUUAGAGGCUGGAAGAGGGGACGUGUGAGUCCACGUGGAGCCCUGGCACGGGCUGUGCUGGGCCAGUCGUGGCACCCCUGCGGCCGUGCUGUGGCCAGCGCUGCCUCCAUGGGCCAGGAUGAGUACAGCUUUGUGGUGGUGGGUGCAGGCUCUGCUGGCUGUGUGCUCGCCAACCGGCUCACCGAGGACCCGAACCACCGGGUGCUGCUGCUAGAGGCAGGUCCUAAGGACGUGGUGAUGGGGAGCAAGCGUCUCCAGUGGAAGAUCCACAUGCCUGCUGCCCUUGUAGCCAACCUGUGUGAUGACAAGUACAACUGGUACUACCACACUGAGGCACAGCCAGGCCUGGACGGCCGUGUAUUGUACUGGCCACGAGGCCGGGUCUGGGGGGGAUCCUCGUCCCUCAACGCCAUGGUCUACAUCCGUGGACAUGCCGAGGACUACAACCGCUGGCACUCCCAAGGUGCUGAGGGCUGGGACUAUGCGCACUGCCUGCCCUACUUCCGCAAGGCACAGAGACAUGAGCUGGGACCCAACAGGUACCGCGGUGGUGAUGGCCCACUGCACGUGUCUCGGGGCAAGACCAACCACCCCCUUCACCAGGCCUUCCUGCAGGCCGCACAUCAGGCUGGCUACCCCUUCACCGAAGACAUGAAUGGCUUCCAGCAGGAGGGCUUUGGCUGGAUGGACAUGACCGUCCACCAAGGGAAGCGCUGGAGCUCAGCCUGUGCCUACUUGCACCCGGCACUGAGCCGCCCCAACCUCAGGGCCGAGGUCCAGACCCUUGUGAGCAGAGUGCUGUUUGAGGGCACACGUGCAGUGGGUGUGGAGUACUUCAAGAAUGGCCAGAGCCACAAGGCCUAUGCCAGCAAGGAGGUGAUCCUGAGUGGGGGUGCCAUCAACUCUCCACAGCUGCUCAUGCUCUCUGGUGUUGGAAAUGCAGACGACCUCCAGAAACUGGGCAUCCCUGUGGUGUGCCACCUGCCUGGAGUUGGGCAGAACCUGCAGGACCACCUGGAGAUCUACAUUCAGCAGGCAUGCACGCACCCCAUCACCCUCCACACGGCCCAGAAGCCUCUGCGGAAGCUCUGCAUCGGUUUGGAGUGGUUGUGGAGGUUCACAGGGGAUGGAGCCACAUCCCAUCUUGAAACAGGAGGGUUCAUCCGCAGCCGGCCUGGGGUCCCCCACCCGGACAUCCAGUUCCACUUCCUGCCCUCCCAAGUGAUUGACCACGGGCGGAAACCCACCCAGCAGGAUGCUUACCAGGUACAUGUGGGAACCAUGAGGGCCACCAGUGUGGGCUGGCUCAAACUGAGAAGUGCCAACCCUCGGGACCACCCUAUCAUUCACCCCAACUACUUGUCAACAGAAACCGAUGUCCAGGACUUCCGUCAGUGCGUGAGGCUGAGCAGAGAGAUUUUUGCACAAGAAGCCUUGGCUCCCUUCCGGGGCAAAGAGCUGCAGCCUGGAUGCCAUGUCCAGUCAGAUAAAGAGAUAGACGCCUUUGUGCGGGCGAAAGCAGACAGUGCUUACCACCCAUCCUGCACCUGUAAGAUGGGCCAGCCCUCUGACCCCACUGCCGUGGUCGACCUGCAAACCAGGGUCCUCGGGGUAGAAAACCUCAGAGUCAUCGAUGCCUCCAUCAUGCCCAGUGUGGUCAGUGGCAACCUGAAUGCUCCCACAAUAAUGAUUGCAGAGAAAGCAGCUGACAUUAUUAAGGGGUAUCCUGCACUCUGGGACAAGGAUGUUCCUGUCUACAAGCCGCAGACUCUGGCCACCCAGCGUUAAGGCAGCCACUGCCUGAGAAUCAUAGACGAACUCACGUCAGGAGAUCCAAGUCAUACAGCCCUGCCCCCAGAUAGUUCCUGAAACUGUGUAGUACCUUGGGACCCAGAUAUCCCUACUCAUGGCUAAGACCUUCAUGGUAUCUGAAGAAAUAAGGCCAUGGUAGUAAGUGAGGCAAGGCCCUUUUCCCAGUGUCUUGAGGACCCUCGGAGGAAGGCUAGCCUGCACGCUGGUCCUCCUCCCGACCUCCUGGGGUUAAAAGGUCGGGAGGUUAACUCUUGCGUGAUUUUCUCACAAGCCCUCCAGCCAUCUCCAGUCCAGUGUUCUGCUGCCAGGAGUGCAAUGAUCCCUUCCCUGGCCUCCCACCUAAGGCCACUUCUGCAAAGGCAGGGUACUUGAACUGGACUGGGUUCUCCAAGGACGCUUUAGCUGAGGCCAAGAGCCAGGGCCAGUACCUGAGCUCAUGUCCACGAUGAGAGGAAAGGCAGCCAGCUGGAGGGUGCUGGCCGUCCCUUCUCCUGCCUUGACUCAAAUCUGAAGAGUGGGGUGCAGGGAUGGGGGCUCAAGUGACCACACAACUCACCUGCCCUGUCCUGACUGCCCGGACAAGAAAACGAAGACCAGUUUUUCUAAGAUGUCCAAAGCCACCACCUAUAACAGGGAAGAAAAGAAUCACUGCAUAGAAACCUGCAUUGCGAGGCCCAGAAUAGAGGGGGAUAUCAGAAUCCCAGGCUCCACGAGGGUUGACGGGGAGUGGCAGGAGCUGCCGCCGUCUGGACGUCUGAGAAAGGCCUUUCAGAAAGGUUGAAGUAAACCAACGCAUUUCUUUCAAAAACCAGGUUGCUUUUGUUUCGUCUUACCUGUGCCUUGUCUUCUUU